AUGUAUCGAUAUCUCACGACAACCAGCGUGGUUGUUUCGAGCCUCACUUUUACCGGUAUCGUGAGCGCACAGAACGCGUCGAGCAUCAUCGAAGUCGAUCCGCUCCAGAACCCGUUUCCGUACUACUUCCCGCCUCAAGAUGCUGCGAAUACCUCGGCGCUGUUCCCCAUGCCAGACUGCCAGGGCAUUACGCUUGAAGAAGCCACCGUCGAUCAGCUCGCGGACUACAUGGAAAGUGGCGUGCUUACUUCGACUCAACUUCUGCGGUGCUAUCUACGCCGGGUCCGGCAGGUUGAUGGCUACAUCGGGUCUGUCAUGGAGAUUAAUCCGGAUGCUGAGGAGAUUGCUGCUGCGUUGGAUGCUGAGCGGGCAGCUGGCGUUGUGCGCGGACCGUUGCAUGGGAUUCCGUUUCUUGUCAAGGAUAAUAUUGCGACGAAGGACCGGAUGGAGACGACCUGUGGAAGUCCCAUGUUGCUCGGGAGUGUCGUGCCGAGGGACGCUCAUGUAGUCGCCAUGCUACGACGGGCGGGUGCGGUUCUGAUGGGCAAAGCGACGCUCUCGGAAUGGGCUGAUAUGCGGUCGAAUAACUACUCGGAAGGGUACUCGCCGCGCGGCGGACAGGCGAGGAGCGCGUAUAAUCUUGCUCUGAACCCGGGUGGGAGCAGCUCUGGCAGUGCGGCCGCUGUCGCUGCGAACGUGGUGACGUUCUCGUUGGGCACGGAGACAGAUGGGAGCGUUAUCAAUCCCGCUGAGAGGAAUGCGCUGGUUGGUAUCAAGCCUACAGUUGGGCUGACUUCAAGGGCCGGUGUUGUGCCAGAGUGUGAGCACCAGGACAGCGUAGGUACAUUUGGCCGCACAGUGCGUGACGCUGCAUAUGCUUUUGAUGCCAUCCACGGGGUUGAUCCCCGCGACAACUACACCCUCGCUCAAAAGGGCAAGACACCGCCUGGUGGCUACAUGCCGUACCUGAAGACCAAGUCCAGCUUACAGAACGCAACAUUCGGUAUCCCCUGGGCCAGCUUCUGGAAGCACGCCGACGCCGACCAGCUAGCCCAGCUGCUCGCACUCGUCGCAGCAAUCAAGGCUGCGGGAGCGACGGUGCUCAACAACACCGAGAUCCCCAAUCGCGAACUGACCAUCUCGCCCGAUGGCUGGAACUGGGACUACGGCACGCAGCGCGGCUACCCCAACGAGUCCGAGUACACCGUCGUCAAGGUCGAUUUCUACAACAACAUCAAGACGUACCUGUCCGGGCUCGAGAACACAGAUAUCCGCUCGCUGGAGGACAUGGUGGCCUACAACUAUGCCAACGACGGCACCCAGGGCGGAAACCCCUGGCCGCUCGGCGUUCCCGCGUUUUACUCUGGCCAAGACGGCUUCCUCGCUGCGCUGGAGACGAAGGGCGUCAGGGACUCGACGUACCACCAGGCCCUUGCGUUCACGCAAAAAGCCACGCGAGAAGACGGCAUCGAUGCAGCGCUAGCCAACAACGGACGGCCGGUGGAUGUACUGCUCGCCCCCGCGGAUGUUGGCCAGUCGUAUCAGCUCUCAGCUCAGGCAGGGUAUCCUGUUGUCACCAUCCCGGCCGGUGUGAAGGCAAAUGUAGGCAUGCCGUUUGGUCUGGCGCUGAUGGGUACUGCGUGGAGUGAAGGCACGUUGUUGAAGUGGGCCAGUGCGAUUGAGGAUCUGCAGCUCAGCACCGAGGGUUUGCCGACGCGGACGCUGCCAAAAUGGUAUGGGUAUAGGCAGAGGAACAUUCCCGUCCCGUUCCUGGACUCUUGA